AUGCCUUCCACUCGAUCUCAAAAGGCAACACCUGUCAAGGAUGUUGAGCACGCAAACAGCCACAAGAAGCACGAAUCACCAAGCAAGAUUGUCCAUGCCAAAAAUGCCGGUGGCAACAUCUCAGAGUACCCUGUCGAAUUCACCAAAGACUCCAAGUACUUCUUUUCAUCUGUCGGAUCCUGUGUAAAAAUUUUCAGCAUGGCAACAGGCGCCGUUGUCAAGGUAUUAUCACAAUCACCGGCCACUGGGGGACACAGCAACAAGAUCACUCGUGUUGUCUUGAACCCAAAAAACCACCUUCAGCUCUACACGGCUAGUUUGGACGGCACCAUCAAAUUAUGGGACUACAAUGAUGACAUUCUACUUAAAACAUACAACGUAAAUGCACCUGUCCAAUCGAUGGUCAUGUCUCCAGAAACACCCGGAUAUGCUUACAUAGUAGUGAAAUCAGACGAAGAUCAAAAAGACAAAUCAGCAGACAACACGAUUGUGUAUCGCUUUGCUUUCGGCAGCUCGGAUGAACCUGCUCAAUUGCGUCGUAUUUGCUCAUUGAAGGAUUGCACAACCAUUGAUAUCACCAAGGACGGAAAAUGGCUUGCAUUUGGCGCUCGUUACAAGGCCUAUGUGUGGCCCAUCAACAAAUCAACAGAGGACGUACCCGAGACACAGCUCAGACCACAUGUGUUUGUCGAGCAAAUCACAGUGCUGAAAUUCCACCCUCACAAACCCAUCUUGGCUGUAGGCGACAAGUCUGGUAAGAUUACAUGCAUUGCCAACUACAACUCGGAGGAGCCCAAGGAUCACAUCAGAUCCAUUCACCAUUGGCACCAUCUCCCUGUCGGUUGCAUUACAUUCAUGGCUGACGGUUCAUACAUGUUGUCGGGUGGUGAGGAGUCUGUCAUGGUGAUUUGGCAAUUGGAUACUGGCCACAAGCAAUUCUUGCCCAGAAUGGGUGGCAGCAUUGCUUCCAUCACUAUUUCUCCCAACCACAGAUUCUACUGUCUUGGUCUAGAUGACAAUUCUAUCCGCUUAGUCAACAGUGUCACGCAAAGCAUCGAGCAGGUAAUUCAGGGUCUUCAAUAUGCUCAAGCAGACAAUGCAUUGAACCCUCUUUCCACCGGACUCAUCAUUGAGCCUCGCAAUCACCACGUCGUUUUGAAUGGUGUUCAGGGCAGUCUCCAGUUCUACGAUGCCGUCGCUGAUAGUCAUGUCAUGGAUUUGGAAGUGGUGCCUAUGAACCGAGUUGUGCGUGCAGGUGAAAAGGAGAUCAUUCAUGCCCAUGUCGCUCAUGUUGCCUUUUUGCAUAACGGUGAAUGGAUGGCUACUGUGGAUAUGCGUGACGAUAAGGUCACAACACCCGAACUCUUCCUCAAGUUCUGGCGUUGGGAUCCUGAUACCCAAGGCUACAAGCUUCAUACACGUGUCGAUUACCCUCACACCAAACCCAUCACAUCGCUUACCUUCAAUCCUGUUUCGCGUCAAGGACCUAUGGCUAUUACUACGUCUGAAGACAAGACGUUCAAGGUGUGGAAUUUGAGCACGGAUCUCGGUCGUAGCUAUCAGAAUGGCGAAGCUGCUUGGAUCUGUCGAUCUGUGGGUGUGUAUCGUGACAGUGUACCUCGCACUGCCUCCUUCUCUGAGGAUGGCAGUAUACUGGCUGUGGCAUUUGGCCAAGCUACCACCAUCUGGGACCCUUACUCAAACUCUAUCCAAGCUGUCCUUGCACAGCCCAACCCUGAGAAUGUGGAGAAAUUGAACUUCCUGGGCGACAAUUGUCCCUUCUUGAUUGCUAAAUCCAAAUCUCAUCUGUAUGUGUGGAACAUCUUGACUUGCAAGGUCUGGUGGAGCUACAAGAUCUCGGUGGAUCAUCUUGCUGUCGAUACCGUGUCCAACCAAUUCGCCAUUGUUCGCAACCAUGCUCGCACAAAUGAGUCUCGCAUCACUGUGUUUGAUCCCAAGUCGCCUGUACCCAUCGCACUGCAGCACCUCAACUACACAUGUCUCUCUAUCGCAUGGCUUCCCAAAGAACAGCAAGAUGAGCACACAGCGUCAUUACCCAGCACGUUACUCUGUCUCAGCAACAAGUAUGAAAUGGCCAUCCAUACAGUCAAAUCCAGAUCAGCACUACUCAACAGCAAAUCUGCCGCCUCUAAGAAGGACGCUACCGUUUCCUCCGUCUCUCUCCACGACAACGACUCUACAGAAACAAGCCUAUUGAAUGACAUGUACGGUAAACGUGAGAAUGAAAAGGAAACAGACGAGCAGGCCCAAAUUCGUCUCAAGACGGCACAGACGAUGCGUGAGGAAGCCAUGUCAGCAAACAGAAAAGACAGAGCUAUUAGACGCAGAGAGGAUGGCGAUGCAUCAGGACUGUCAGCACCCAGCCAUGUUCUUCCUGGCGUGGAGACACUGUUUGACACAUUCAUGUCUUCCAUCAUGACCCUGCGUCUCCAUGACGACGCAUCAUCAGCAUCAGCAGCAGCUACUGACGCUAUGGACAUAGAUGAAGAAGAGCAAGACACAAUGGACUUGGAAUCACUGCAAGACGAUCAUUUAUUAUUACAAGACAACAUUACAAAAUCUGCAAAGGAUGAUCUCCCAUCAUUAAUUAGCUAUUUUACACAAAACUUAGAUCAAAAUUCCGCGUCAACUCAAGCUGCCAACAAAACACAAGACUCUUCUUCUUCAGAUGAUGACUCGGAUGAUGAUGAAGACCCUUCCAAGAUUGAUUGGUAG